CCCAGGCUGCGCAUUCUCUAAGCCUCUUAUACACUCGACUGACAAGUGUGUCGUGUGCCUUUAAGAUGAGUGCAGCAUACGCGCUCCGAGGCCAGUCCCGCCUCGUUGGAGGGCUGCUACGCACUCCAGUCUCUCAGAUCAGUCGCCAAUGGGUCUGCCGUCGCUGCGCAUCGACUGUAGCUCUUCAAACAUACUCUGCAAGUCUGAAGUCUCCGUCGAUACAAUGGUCAUUGGACAGACGGUGGCAACAGAAGCGGGGUGCUGCUGGAGCUGCUGCUGCGAUGUACGAGGCUCCCGUGCAUCCAGAGCUGAGGAUUGAAUGCUAACAUGUCUCUCCAGGCUCGAAGAGGCCUCAGACCCCGACUCCCUCUCUCAAGAAACCAUUAUCGACAACCUCUCGGCGGAAGAGGCCCAUCGACUAUCCAAAGUGAGGAAUAUUGGGAUAGCAGCACACAUUGACUCUGGAAAAACUACGGCCACGGAAAGAGUACUCUUCUAUACCGGUCGUAUCAAGUCUAUUCACGAAGUACGGGGCAAGGACUCCGUCGGCGCAAAAAUGGAUUCGAUGGAACUGGAACGAGAAAAGGGCAUUACCAUUCAGUCCGCAGCCACGUUCUGCGAUUGGGUUAAGAAAGAGAACGGCAAGGAGGAGAAAUACCACAUCAACUUGAUCGAUACCCCUGGGCAUAUUGAUUUCACCAUUGAGGUCGAACGCGCUCUCAGAGUCCUCGACGGCGCCGUAAUGAUCCUGUGUGCUGUAUCAGGCGUACAAAGUCAAACCAUAACGGUGGAUCGACAAAUGAGACGCUACAACAUCCCUCGAAUCAGUUUCAUCAACAAAAUGGACCGAAUGGGUGCGAAUCCCUUCAAAGCUGUGGAGCAGAUCAACAAGAAGCUCAAGAUCGCCGCGGCGGCAGUUCAGAUCCCUAUAGGCGCGGAAGACGAAUUCAAAGGGUUGGUCGACUUGGUUACGAUGAAGACAUACUAUGCUGAAGGCGACCGUGGUGAAAUCAUCGUCACCAAGGACGAAAUUCCAGCGGAGGUUCAGCAGCUUGCUCAGGAACGAAGGGCCAUGCUGAUCGAAACCCUUGCUGAUGUCGACGAGGAAAUGGCCAAUAUGUUUUUGGACGAGCAGGAGCCGACUAUUGAACAGCUCAAAGCUGCCAUUCGUCGUGCAACUAUCUCCCUUAAGUUUACCCCCGUGUUCAUGGGUUCAGCUUUGGCCGAUAAGUUCGUGCAGCCAAUGCUUGACGGUGUUUGUGAUUAUCUCCCCAACCCGGCUGAAGUUUCAAACACUGCUCUUGAUCGUCGACAGAAGGAGGCUCCCGUCAAAUUGAUCCCUUACAACUCCCUUCCCUUUGUAGGAUUGGCAUUCAAGCUGGAAGAAUCGAACUUUGGACAACUUACCUACAUUCGUGUCUACCAGGGCAAGUUGACAAAAGGCCUUCAUGUCUACAAUGCUCGAACCGACAAGCGGAUCAAGAUUCCCCGAAUUGUGCGCAUGCAUUCCAACGAAAUGGAAGAAGUGAAUGAAAUUGGUGCUGGAGAAAUUUGCGCCGUGUUCGGUGUGGACUGCGCAUCUGGAGAUACAUUUACUGACGGCCAGCUCGGAUACAGCAUGACAAGCAUGUACGUCCCCGAACCUGUUAUCUCGCUCAGUAUCAAACCCAAAAACAACAAGGACUUGCCAAACUUCUCUAAGGCCAUUGCACGAUUCCAGCGUGAGGAUCCCACUUUCAGAGUACACUUUGACACCGAAAGCGAGCAGACGAUCAUCUCUGGCAUGGGAGAACUCCAUCUCGAAGUCUACGUCGAGCGGAUGAGACGUGAGUACAAGGUAGACUGUGAAACUGGUCCGCCACAAGUCGCGUACCGUGAGACAAUCACCAAGAGAGUUGACUUUGACCACUUGCUCAAGAAACAGACUGGUGGUGCUGGUGAUUAUGCCCGUGUCAUGGGUUGGAUGGAACCAAGCGGCAAACUCGAGGGCAACCACUUCGAGGAGCAAGUCAUUGGAGGUUCAAUUUCGGAGAAGUUCUUGUUUGCUUGUGAAAAGGGUUUCAUACAAGCUUGUGAGAAGGGUCCAUUGAUCGGCCACAAAGUCCUGGGAACGUCCAUGGUCAUCAACGACGGUGCAACACACAUGACUGAUUCCAGUGAAAUGGCUUUCAAGAAUGCCACGCAACAGGCUUUCCGCAAGGCUUUCAUCCAGGCCGACCCUGUUGUUCUCGAACCGCUCAUGAAGACCGUCGUUACCGCCCCGACAGAAUUCCAGGGUAACGUUGUCGGUCUUUUGCAAAAGCGAAAUGCCGUCAUCAACGAUACCGAAGUUGGCAUCGAUGACUUUACCGUCUGGGCUGAUGCAAGUUUAAAUGGUAUGUUCGGAUUCAGCGGCAAUCUGCGAGCUGCAACGCAGGGCAAAGGAGAAUUCUCGAUGGAGUUCAGUCACUACGAAAGGGCGCCCAUGCAGAUGCAGAAGGAACUGAUUGCCAAGUACCAGAAGGCUCAGGCUGAACGAAACAAGAAAUAAUUUCUGUUGGUUUUUUGGCUGUGGCUGUAUAGGUCGAAGUCAUGGCGUGUAUCUCGCUUUCCCAUUCCCGGCAGGGCCCAAGGUCUUUGAGAAAGCGAGCCUGCUUCUAGCUCCCGUCACAAACUUGCGAUCCGGACCGAACCAGGUUUUCCAAGUACCUUUGACAAUUUCAGGGCCUCAAGUCGAUGAUCCCUACUCGAGUUCAAGCCAGGACAUAGUGCUUGACGCCAAGGGAGCUGGGUCGGGUCUAUCGAGUCUUUGUGUGUCUACCAGAGCAGUGACUCAACUGCCAGGUAAUGGUGGCCAUGAGUCGAUGCAUCCGUGGUGAUGAUUGUUUCCUCGUUACGAAACCACCAACCAACGGCCGGAUCAGUCUCAGGAGUCGCGAUAAAGGUGUAUUUGUGCUGGGCAUAGGUCGUGGAGGGUGUCAACUCAUGCCUGUCUGACCUUGUAUGCCCCUAUGGGAAUAUCGUGUGGUUAGGGGUAGCUUUUUCCUUCAAUGUUUGUCUUACUAGAUCUCCACUCCGACGGCCAAAAAGCAAGAGGGCAUUAUGGGUUUUGCGACGACGUUGUUCGAUCAGGGUGCUACUAAAUAAGACUGGCUGAUGUGAUGCUGUAUAAUGAAUGUGAACUGCAUUUUGGAAAUAACCAUCUGGGUAUCUGAAGU